CAGAAGGAAGAUAGCUAUACAAUAAGCUGCAGUGUUCUAACUCGUGCUCAUCAGAGAGACACUCACAAAGCCGCAGAGGCCAACGGACCAGACUGAUCUGUUUUUAAAGCUUUUCAGCCAUGAAGCUUAUCUUUGUGCUGCAGCUGAUCUGCUUGGCUGGCUCUAGUGCUUCCAAAUCUAGAGAAUACGCUCAUCAUGGUGCCCCCAUGUUUGCUGACCUUACAGUGAGUGAGAUGAAAGCUGUCCGGGCUUAUCUACAUGAAAUCCCAGAGAUGAAGCUCACUGAUGCUCGAAGUAAAUCCCUGAAGAAGAACAGCAUCUUGUUGAUGGAACUUCACCUGCCAAGGAAACAUGAAGCUCUGAGAGCUCUGGACCGUGGGCAUGCCAAACCCCCCCGACAAGCUCGUGUGGUUAUUAUGUUUGGGAACCAAAUUAAGCCCAACAUUACUGAGUACAUUGUGGGUCCCAUACCAUUCCCAAACUAUCAUGAGGUCAAGACAUUCAAAGGGAGCAAACCUGUUCUCUUUGAGUCACGACCAAUCACUAAUGUAGAGUACGCUCAUCUUGAAAAUAAGCUGGAGGAGAUCGCAACUAAAGCUCAAAAGCUUAUUUAUGAGAGCACUGGAGGCUUUUCCUACACUAACUGUACUAACCGCUGCCUGACGUUCUCAGACAUUGCACCCCGUGGAUUGGCUCCAGGUCAGAGGAGGACAUGGAUCAUGCUGCAGAAGUUUGUGGAGGGUUAUUUCAUUCAUCCGAUUGGAUUUGAGGUGCUGAUCAAUCAUCAGGAUUUGGAUCCAGACAAGUGGACUGUUGAGAAAGUCUGGUACAACAGCAUGUACUUUGACAGUGUUGAGGAACUGAUAGACAAGUAUGAAUCAGGAGAAGUAGAGAAGUUCCAGUUGCCUGUUCAUGAUGAUAAUGACCUGUACUCUACCUAUGUACCGCGGGGUCAAAGCAACACACCCACUAAUAUUCAUGGGCCAAAGCUUGUUGAGCCUCAGGGGCAUCGCUAUCACAUCAAUCACAACUUUGUGGAAUAUUUUGGCUGGUCCUUUGCCUACAGAGUCCGCUCAUCAGCUGGCCUCCAAGUCUUUGAUUUGCGUUUUAACGGAGAAAGAAUUGCCUAUGAGAUCAGCCUCCAAGAAGCGAUCGCCUUCUAUUCUGGUGAUACUCCUGCUGCUAUGCAAACAAAAUACAUAGAUGCAGGAUGGGCGAUGGGCAGCUCCACUUAUGAGCUGGCACCUGGUAUUGACUGUCCUGAGAUUGCCACAUUUAUUGACCUUCAUCACUUCUUUGACACAGACAAACCUGUGCUUCACAAAAAUGCUCUCUGUAUUUUUGAGAUGACCACUGCAAUGCCCCUGAGAAGACAUUUCAAUUCAAAUUUUCAGGGAGGAUACAACUUCUUUGGCGGCUUAGAGAAUACUGUACUGGUAAUGAGAACAACCUCAACAGUUUACAACUAUGAUUACAUUUGGGACUUCCUAUUCUACCAGAAUGGAGUUGUAGAGGUAAAGGUUAGUGCUACUGGAUAUAUCCAUGCCACAUUCUUUACACCUCAGGGACUUGACUAUGGCACAAAGGUAUACAACUAUGUGCUGGGCAACCUGCACACACACCUUAUUCAUUACAAAGUGGACCUGGAUAUUGCUGGUCGAGAGAACAGCUUUGAGACGCUGGAUCUGAAAUAUGUCAACUUCACAAAUCCAUGGAGCAAGCAGAAUUUCAUCGUCCAGUCCAAACUCCAACGCAACGAGCACAAGACCGAGCGAUCUGCUGCCUUCCGCUUUGGGAAAAAGUUUCCUCGAUAUCUGCACUUUUACAAUCCUAAUGAUAAAAAUAAAUGGGGACACCAGAGGGGUUAUCGGAUUCAGUUUAAUUCACAUGCCCACAGCGUCCUCCCCAAAGGCUGGAAAGAAGAAGUUGGCAUCAGUUGGGCCAGAUAUCCCCUGGCUGUGACACGUCAUAAAGACAGUGAAGCCACAAGCAGCAGCAUUUACACUCAGAAUGACCCCUGGGAGCCCGUGGUCUCAUUUGAGGACUACAUCCGCAACAAUGAAGAUAUAAGCAACCAGGACCUAGUUGCCUGGGUAACGGUGGGUUUCCUACACGUGCCUCAUUCAGAAGACAUUCCCAACACGGCCACACCUGGGAAUGCAGUAGGCUUCUUCCUCAGACCCUUCAACUUCUUUAACGAAGAUCCCUCUCUGGCAUCCAAAAGCACCGUCAUUGUUCGUCCUGGCCAGGAUGGCAAACCCAAAAUCCAGAGAUGGACGCCUGAGGUCAUAGGUCACUGUGUGACAGAGAGGCCAUUCUCUUACAAUGGUACAUAUGCAGGAGUCUAAUGGAGGAUCCAAAAUAUGUUAAUAAUUAAUAAUCAUUCUGUUGCAUUCACAGAUUUAAAUUUUUCAUUUAAAAGUCGUCAUGAUGAAAGGUUUAUGUGUAUUCUGUUUUUAUUACCAUGAGCUGUAACUCAAAAUGUUUUGUAGGAGAUCUAAAACUUUUAUCCAUAACUACUUAAUUCUUUUCAUUUUACUUUUGAUUCAAUCAAUACAAAUCUGAGCCAAGCGUCACAUGUAGCCAGGCCCAAGGACACUUUAGAAGUUCCUUUACUCCAUGUUGGGUCUCCACGGAUUAAGUCUGGUAACAGGAUGCUUCACGGAUUCAGGAUUGUCUCUGAGCAUGUUCCGCCUUCUCCCACAACGGGGAAACACAACAGACCUGACAAAGCAAACAGCAAGACUCUUGUUCCUUCUAUACAAAUAAUUCAGGAUACCACCUAGCUGCGCUGUUGCCCUGACCUCUGAAGCAACAUCUCCACAUAUGCAAACUCUUUGUUUCAAAUGACUCUGUUAAUCGUUUUUUACUUGUCAAAUUGCACCAACUGAUCUAAGCUUUUGUGUAUUAAAUAUUCACUCACAA